CUAUUAGUGCGUGCGUCCUGUGCGCACGUUUUCUUAUGUUUCAGUCACCACCGGGGAUAGUGGGGGUCGCCAGACUCUGGCACCGUUAUUUUUGGGGUCGCGGGUUUAAAAGUUUGGGAACCCCUGGAAUAGACCAACUUUACUUCACUUUUGGUCACGAGAAAUUUUUUUAAUGUUCACAAUGACCAGCAGAUGGUAGAAAAGCAGCAGAGAAAAUAAACGUCAACGAUACUCUCGCGAUACUUGCAACGACACGUCAUUCCAUGAUGGCUGAAGAUCCUGGUGGAACAUUUUUCAAUUUCUCUCUCAUUUUUCUUUCUUUCUCUCUACCACAACUUGCCAUAGAGACAUGGCAGGAUCCACAGGCCCGUUAAGCGUUCACAUAUCAUUGGUGUCGACAUGCCCAAGAAAGGGAACCGAAAACGGCUGAAAUUUAAGGCAGGGGACGUUUGUUCGGAAUCAGUGACUGUUUCUGAUUAUGCUGAUGCCGACCCAGCCGUUGUGAAGUCAGGGAGGGUGAAAAAGGCAGUUGCAAAUGCAGUUGAAAAAGAAGUAAAAUUACUCUGCGGCCUGGAAGCAUCUCAGGGUGCUGUACAGGAGGUCCUCUCGUCUUCAGUGGGUGUCACAGCCGAUGCUUUGGACAGCAGUGAUGACUUAGACCCUGAAGAAGAAGAAGGAGAACAUGAAGCUAAAGUGUCCCGCAAAAAGAAAAACAAGAGGAGAAAGGAGAGCAGUGAUGGGGGGGAGUAUCCAGUGGAUAUUUGGUUAAUGCUCGCCUCCUACAUUCGGCCCGAGGAUGUGUGCAGAUUUGCUCUAAUUUGUAGGAACGCCUGGAUAGUCACUUGCACUGCAGCUUUUUGGACCAGGCUCUACAGAAGGCACUACAAGAUUGAUACUGACCUGCCGUUCCGUCUCCAGCCUGACUGUAUUGACAGGAUGUGCUCUUUACGUGCCCGGGUGAUUCGCUCCCUUUUCCAUUUGUAUGAGCCAUUCAGCUUGCGUGUCUCGAAAAUUCCUGCCCUGCCAGAAUCUACGCCCACAACUUUGUUCAACUCCAAGUGUUUACUGUUCUGGAUCAGAAAGGUUUCAGGGACUCGGCCUGAGGCAUUGUGGGAGUUCAACUUCAAGUUUCUAAAGCAGGGACACAGUAAGAAUGGCUGUGCCAAGUCAUUGUGCAUGCCCAGACAAUACGAAGAUGUCCACACAAACCCAGACUCUGACUGCUACAUGCUUCAGGUCACCACCCUCAACUUCAUCUUCACCCCUGUGGUCAUGGGCAUGUCGCUGACCCUGUUCACAAUCAACGUUAGCACAGACAUGCGCCACCACCGCGUUCGUCUGCUGUUCCAGGACUCACCACUCCAGCGCGGGAAGAAGAGGGUGGAUCAUGGCGGCACCCAGGUGGUGUUGGAUCCUGUACACAGUGUAAAGCUCAUGGACUGGUGGCACCCACAGUACCCCUCCUCACCCUACAUAUAGGUGUCCUGCCCCCUUGGCAGAGCGUCACAGCAACAAGAACCCUGCUGUUAUCCCAUCCCACUCACCAGAAAUAUGAUAUUGAAUGACUGCUGAACCCUGGGUUAUGAUCAUUCACAUUUCGAUUCGACAUUCACAUUUCUAUAGUCAUUGUUGGAUGUUAAAGAAAGUCAACAUUGACUGGCCAGGGACGGGAUGCAAACUGCUCUUUCGAGUGUCAAAAUCAAACAUUGUUGCAUGCCCAUCCACCACCCAAACCCCUACACCUAGCUUGUAGUGUUAAACAUCAUAGUUCUUCCUAGAUGUAAAUCAUGUAUUGCAGAAAUGUCCAGCAUGAACAUUAUUCCUCGGGAGAUUGGGCUUGUUAUCUAUAUAAACAAAUCUGCCAUGUCCACAUAGGGUCUUGGGCAGUCCCUCGAAUCUAUCAACGUCUUCAGCUCUAGCAGUUCCUAAGUCUUUCUGAAAGCAUGGAGAAGUAGGGCUGGGUAAUGUGGGAAAUAAACCAAAAGAUCAUCAUUGGAAAUAAACGAUUGUUUAUGAUAUUGUUUAUAAAAGAAAAACUACAUCAGAUUGCUUAGUAGUUUCUCACUUUGUACAGUUGGGAAGAAUCUAACUUCAAAUUGUUUUACAUUGAUAUCUCAGACAAAAGUGCAUAAUGUUUCUCAAUAUAGAAAAUAAUGUGAUCUGAUCACAGUGAUAGAUGAUAAAUAUUGAUCUAUCGCUCAGCCCUACAGACAUGCAAGAGGGGAACAUUUAGAGCUACCAGUUGCAUAAAAAGAUUCACAAGUCUGCCAUUAUUUUACAUUAGACAACAUGCUGCAUGUUUGAAAUACAUGUGUAACACACGUUUUUAAAACUCCUGAUUUAACAGGUGGGACAUUUGUUCUUUCCUCCCUUUGUUUUUAUGCUCACUUGAAAAGUUGCUCAAAAAUAUCUUGAUUUUUGCCUUUUGACAAAUCUGGCAAUCUUACAUCAAGAGAUUUGUAUUGUUUUAAAAUCCAUUUUUUUUAUUGGAUGUAUUUAAUUUAAGGAAGCGUAGUAUUAUGUGAAUAUUAAUGACACUGCUCUUCACUGAAGGGGCCAAAGAGAUAAUUUACCUCAGAUGUUGUCAUCCACUCAUCUGCUGAUUCAGGAAAUGUUUCUUUUUCUUUGUAGUGUUUCUUGGCUAAAAACAUCUUGAUUGUCUCCUUGCUGACUAUAUGAGCCAUGUACCCUACUGCUUCCUGUGGAAUAUCAUUCUCAACUUUGAAUGGCUCAAAGUGUUUAAGUGGUCUGUCGAAUCAAACCAACCACAUGCUUGAUUAUGAUGGAAAGAGCUACCUUUGGCAUUGAUUUAUCCAUCCAUCAGACAUUCAAAACUAUUUAACCUGGAUUGAUUUGCACCUAUACAUAUCUUGUGACUGAAAAAAUGAACCACAAACUUCUAACAUAAAAAGUAGAAGACAGCUGGGUGUUCUGGUUUGCAGCAAUUGAUUGUUUUAGCGGUAGCUCUUUUUUUAUCAGAUGAAAGUUACAUUGAUAAAUACAAGUUCUGCACUGAAAUAAAAAACUAACUGUAUUCAAAAUUC